UGUCUCAUUGUUUUCAGAAUUAUUGGAAGAAUGGCCGCCCGAAAUCCAGGAACGGAGUUGGAUCUUGCAUGGGUUGAUUCUGUAAGGGUCAACAAACCUGCUGUUUUCAAAAGAGCAAAUGAAAUCAGAACGAGGAGAGCAGUAAAGAAGAAUUAUCAGGUUGCAUGGUUGUUGAAGGCAGCAACCUGCAUUGACCUGACAACGCUCUCGGGAGAUGACACAAUCACCAACGUUCAGAGGCUUUGCUUCAAGGCAAAGAAUCCUGUUAGAAGGGAUCUACUGGAAGCUGUGAAAAUGCAAAACAGAGGUCUGACUGUAGGAGCUGUGUGCGUGUACCCAUCCAGGGUAUCGGAUGCUGUGAAUGCACUGAAACAGGCCGGUGCUCCCCAGGUCCCUGUAGCUUCAGUUGCGACUGGUUUUCCUGCUGGUCAAACGCCCUUCAAGACGAGGCUGGCCGAGAUUCAGAUGGCAGUUUCCGACGGUGCAAGGGAGAUAGACAUAGUCAUCAACAGAGCAUAUGCCUUGGCUGGAAACUGGAAAGGUGUCUAUGAUGAAGUCAGAGCAUUUCGGGAAGCUUGCGGUGAUGCACAUCUAAAGACCAUCCUUGCUACAGGUGAACUGGGUUCCUUGGUCAACGUCUAUAAGGCUAGCCUUGUAUGCAUGAUGGCAGGCUCGGAUUUCAUCAAAACAUCAACAGGAAAAGAAGGAGUCAAUGCCAUACUGCCCGUUGGUCUGGUGAUGGUCAGGGCUAUCAGAGAUUACUAUCAUAAAACCGGAUAUAAGGUUGGUUUCAAGCCAGCCGGAGGGAUCCGAACAGCGAAGGACUCGUGUACUUGGCUUGCCCUCAUGAAGGAGGAGCUCGGAAACGAUUGGCUGACCCCAGAACUCUUCCGCAUCGGUGCGAGCUCACUUCUCGGUGACAUAGAGAGACAGAUAUACCACAAUGUGACAGGACGGUACGCUGCUGCCAAUGAACUUGCUAUGGCGUGAACUGAAAUUCCAAUCCAGGCCCCGGUUUCAUGAAGCUUAUCAGCAUGAAAUGCUUGAAUUCAGUAACAAAUUUAUACUCUGCCAAAUAAGUGGGAUCGUCCUGUGCCAUUUGUAUAGAUUUGUGAAACUAGGGCCUUGUACUAUUUGUAAAUUAUAUUUAGAAAGGUUUCAAGAAGAUACUACAAAUAGGAGUGAUGUUUCACAAAGCUGGUCAUAGAAUUACGCAUGACUUUACACAGUACUGGAACAAGUUCUUAGGUCUAAGCCAGUAACAUAGGGACAUAUUAUUAUUAACUCUUUGCCCGCUUUGUUCAGCUAGAGUCUUUUACGGCAGACUGGCAAGUUUUACUCGAGUAACAUUCUGUUCAAAAUACACAUAAAGUACAUUAAGUCUAUUUUUCAUACACAUAUACACAAAAGUAAUGUGUGCAUCGUGUUGUACUCUGUACCCACUAAGCUUUUCUUUACAACAAACCAAUCAAAAGCUAUUGUGAGCUGGAUUAAUCAUAAUCCAUGCAAAACCCCUCUUAGGGUUGCACCUUGAAAUUAAUGUGGCGCAGGAGUGAUUCUGUCCAUGGUGGGCAAUGAGUUGAGCACAAGGAAGGAUCACCGGACAUGUGUGUAACUCACAAACUACUUUAUGAAACACACAGCAGGAGUCCUUUUACACAAAUCUUAGCAAUCAUUGUAGAACAUGUUUUUUUAUACAAUUGAUUGCAUUGACAAGAAUGUACAAUCAAGUGUAAAUAUCAAGUGUAGGAUCAAUCAUUAGCCUUUGUGUUAAAGGACCAGGGGGGUGUAUCACAAAAAUUAAAGUAUGACUUAAAUUACAUUUAAAUACCGACGCGAACAUGAUAUGCAGUAGUGCGCGUCCCCUUGGCAUGAUCUGACCAAUGCGGUCAUGCCUAUUAUACCGCAUGCAACUUGGCAUUUAAGUGCGACUCAUACUUAAAUCAUACUUAAAUCUUUGUGAGACACCCCCUAGUCUGGUACCUGUUUUUAUAGAGUAUUUGCAAUUUUUUACUAUGAUGAUAACUACCCAUGGAAAGAUUGGAGGGCUCAUCAGCCUAAUAAAAUCAAAGAGUACAUGGUAGUUUCAAUUGCAAAGUUACCAUAACCAUGGGCCUUUAUGAAAUGAAAAUAUUAGAAUCGUACUAUUUUCUGACAAUUCUUCUCUUGGGUAUCAAUCAUAUUUUAUCGAUACGGUCAUUCACUGUAUAAGUGAUCAUUUCGUCUGCAUAAAUUACAUGAAGUUUACCAUCAUGAGGCACAAAAUGCCAAGUCAGAGAAAUGUCUUUCAGAUUGUGCAAACAGGGUUACAGGUAACCUUGCCGGAGUCUAUUCUUUGGGAGCACACAUAUCCAUUUGACUUCAGAGAAAUUCCACUUAAAAAGAGGUAUAUAGCAUUUUGUGCAUAAUUUGGUCCAAGAAAUUUCUGUGACUCGAUAAAAUUUGACUUCUUAGCUCAAUUAAUAUUUGUUGAAACCAAAUGUGAAUGCUGGCGCAAGUCGAGUGCAGGGUAAAAAAAGAGUAAGUACUUCAUUUUGUAUUAGUUAAUACUUUUGCCGAACUUUUACGUGCCUUGAGUGUGAAUUUACUUCCUUUAAGCAAUGGCAGUUACCAUGGCAGUCUUGAAUGGCACAUGCAGACAACUUUUUCUCUCUCUCUGCCAGAGUGAACAUUCUUCUUGUCCAUUAUUUUCAUUUAUGUAUAUUAAACUUCUUGUAUAAACCGAGUAUGAAAGGCUAAAUAUUCUGGAGGUAUCCACUCUUGUAUAUAGAGCAAAUUCAGUUUAAGUGGUCCAGUUCCAGCCGUAUGUUUUUCAAAAUCAACACUUCAGACUAAGUAAGCUCAAGCUCAAAUGACCUCUUUUGAUAAAAUACCUUCUCUGGCAAAUGUUCAACAUUCAUGCAAUUACUAAUAUCUGCUGUUUUCCUUAGUUGUGUGCCACAAGAUCUUUUACCCAUAAUUCGAAAGCAGCAAGCAUGAAAUGUUUUGUUCAUUUGGCCCAUUUUAUCCAUGUAUAAUACAAUAUAUACUGUAUACCUCAAGUAACUAGCUAGAUUAGAUCAUUUGAAAUAAAUCAAAAAUAAUAAUUUUCAGUCAUGUACUACAUUACUUUUUCUUCUAAAGAAAACAAUUGCAGUGCAUAUUUUCAAUUUUUUUUAACGAUUUUGAUGAAAUCAUUCAGGGUGAAAAUAUAUGGUUUGUGAGAUAUCAAAUAAAUUGUGGUCUUUAUUCUGC